UAAUUUACACACCAUGGGGAAUUGGUCUUUGCUUAGCCGCCUAAGGAGGGUCGUGAGGAAGGUUAAACAGUUGCUGAAUUUCGGCACGAAUCGAUGGCGUGUCGCUUCCAUGAUCGGUGGUGUCUCUCGGAGGCUGAGCUUCACGGAUAGGCCGGGUUGAGGCCAUAUGUGGACGACGUCCGUGAUUCGGAUGAUGAGUUGGGUCGAUGUUCGAAUAGGAUGUUGCGGACGGCGAGUUAUCGAUCGGAGGAUGAUAUCGAUACGAGAGCGGAGAUGUUCAUCGCAAAUUUUCAUAUACAACUUCGGAUUGAGAGGCAGGUCUCUUUGCAGUUCAAAUACCACAACAGGACCCGUGAUUGCCAUGGUGUGGGAAGGAGAGGGAGUCAUAAAAUAUGGCCGGAAACUCAUCGGUGCAACCGAUUCUCAGAAAUCAGAGCCGGGAACCAUCAGAGGCGAUCUAACAGUGGUCGUCGGAAGAAAUAUAAUUCAUGGGAGUGAUGGUCCGGAGACUGCCAAGGAUGAAAUCAACUUAUGGUUCAAGCCACAAGAACUGGUUGACUACAGAAGCAACGCGGAGAGAUGGAUCUAUGGAGUCAACUGAUGAAGCAUCUUUUUCUUUGCAUUGAUGAUCAAUCAGUAGUUGCUGAAAUUUUUGUCAUUUGAGGCAUACUUUCUAGAAUAACAACAUUGUUUUAUCUCAAACUAAACUCAAGGCAAAACUCACGAUAUAAUGCUUUCAAAAUAAAUAAUUCACGAGAUAAUGCACUCCCCAUAUUAUUUGUUGAAAUAGGGUGAAAGCCACAGUGUUUGUCGUAGGUCGUUGGGAGGGCAUGGCGACCUAUGUGUUGGGGACGUUAAAACGUCCAUUAUCUCUGU